CAAUUUCUGGUGUGAUUCCAAAGAUUUAUUGCGAUGAUUUCGAAGCAGAAAUACUAAAAGGACAACAUUUCAAAAGCAAUUGAAAUAGAUAUAUCAUCAUACUGGAUGGAGCAAAGUAUGGAAUGAAUGGAUCGCAUUUUAAUGACGCAUUUUUAGAGUCUGAAAUUUGGACAAGGAACUGGCAUGUUCCAAAACUAAUGAAGAACGUGAAUAUUCAACUUUAUUUGGACGCACAUAUCAAAAGUCUAUAUUUGAUAUGCAGACUGAUUGUAAGUUUCAAUAAAUCACACCAUCACCGACCAGAAAAAUGGAUACAACUGACAAGUUAGAACUGUCUACAUCACCACAGAAAGUACCGAGAGUAGUAUAGGUUUCAUCGACGAAAUGAUAUCUAAUUCAAAUUUUUACAUUUUGGCGUAAAUGUUUGACGAGCAAAAAGGAAAUUGUGAUAAACAUCGACAAACUUAAUUGAGAAUUUGGUUUUUUCGUAUUUACCGUCAUGUUGUCUAAAUAUAUAGACACAGAAACGCUUUAUCACUUAUACAAAUGCCUUAACACCUUAAUUCCCUUGUAUGGAAUUAAUAUGAACAGACGAAAGAUACACAAAAAAAUAAAAAAUGUGGUCUUAAUCAAAUAUUUUGCUGGUAAAAUCCUGAAAAAGUCGCAUAAAAUGGAAUUCAUUUUUCAAUAAAUUCACCACACCGUUGACAAUAGUCCAACCCUGACGCCGGUGUAUUGAUGGUUGUAUAUUUGUGUUGAAUACCCACCACCAUUGUGAAUGUAUUGCAUUGUUCUAUAACAUUUUGACAGUUCGCCAAUGAAAAAAAAAUAACUCAUAAUUUUCUGUGUCCACUCCGGUUUGCGUGUUGCAUUAUAGAAUUGGACGACAUUUUUCUGUUUUUUCGUUUGAUUUUUUUGUCUCCAGUACUAGAAAUAAUUUCAAUAGUGCGUACAUUUGACUUGUGUUUGUCCAAUUUUAAGAGAAUUUACAAAAUCAUAUCGAACUAGUCGCAGUGUGCAUUCUGUAUCAAGUGAAUAUCGAGAUUUGGCACUGUAGGUUCUGUAUACACAGCAAAGUCUCAUAAAAACCGCAACAAUUACAUCCAAAAUGCCGCCGAAGCCGAAGUUUGCCGACGGUGAAAAGGUGCUUUGUUUCCAUGGUCCACUGUUAUAUGAAGCCAAAGCAUUGAAAAGUAGUAUUGCCAAGGAUAAACAAGUCAAAUAUUUUAUACACUAUGCCGGAUGGAACAAAAACUGGGACGAAUGGGUAACCGAAAAUCGUGUUCUUAAAUUCAAUGAAUCCAAUGUACAGAGACAAAAAGAUCUGUCAAAACAAUAUAGUUCUAAGAAUAAGAAAGUCACAGCAUCAAAGCCAAAGAAGCCAGAUGCAUCGGGCAAAGACAGUGAUUCACGUGCAUCAACACCGUCGAAAGAGGUGACACCGGUUGAUAAGGCGUCAACGACACCAUUGAACACAUCGUCGACAUCACGAAGCCGAGGUGCACCGAAACCGGCAUCAGCCACAUCGGUCGCUAGUACACCGAAUCAAGAACAAAAUGCAACGCGUGAAAUAAAACGUGGCGGAUCCGAACGGGACAGUCGAGAUGAGGGACCAAAGAAUAAAAAGCGGCUCACUGACCAGAGCAUUGAGACUGAGGAUACGUUCCUCACAAAAACAGAGGUAAAAAUAAAAAUCCCCGAAGAGCUGAAGCCGUGGUUAGUCGAUGAUUGGGACGCAAUCAAUCGGCAACACAAAUUGUUGGAAAUUCCGGCCAAAAAAACGGUCAAAGACAUCAUCGAUUCGUACAUUCAAAUGAAAAAAUCGAACAAAUCAAAUAAUCAAGGCAAAGAAGCGGCUGUCAUCGAUGUCAUGUACGGUUUGGUAUCAUAUUUCAAUGUAAUGCUUGGCUCACAAUUACUCUACAAAUCGGAACGACCACAAUAUGCUGACAUUCUAAAAGAGUAUCCGGACACACCGAUGGCCGAACUCUAUGGUUCAUUUCAUUUGUUGCGUUUAUUUGUACGCCUUGGGUCGGUGCUUGCAUACACAGCACUUGGUGAAAAAGACAUAAACAGUUUGAUGCAACAUGUGCAAGACUUCCUAAAGUAUCUGGUAAAAAAUAUCAGCAUCUAUUUUAGUAUGCAACAUUUUGUGAAUGUCACACCAGAAUACUCACGAAAGGCACAAUAAAUAAACAACAACAACGCUGUAUUUGAGCACGCGCAGACUCCUUCGAUUCAUAGAUCUUAAGCAUAGUAUUUAAGUUGUACUCUUCUUUUUCCAUUACUCUUUGGGACCUUUUUCUCUUAAACGGAGAUUGUUUUUUUGAAUCAGUUAUAUACGAACAUUGUAGCGACCAUUGCUUUAUUAUAUCCAUUUUUAAACGAAAUUGUUUUUUUUUUAUUACCAAUCGUCCGCUUGGCGGUAAUACAUUAUCGAAUUGCACCUCCGUUUUUACGGUCAUUUGAAAAAAAAAAACAUAAUUGUUGCUAAUAUGGAGAAAGAUGUAUGCAAGCGACUAUUUUUAGGUACCAUCAUGUCAGUCGUCUUUUUUUGACAAAUUGUGCCGUUAGCUAGAAUUUAAAACAUUGACGAUAAUGAAUGAAAUCCCGAGAAGAAGAAAAAAACAAUUAGAAAACUUAACAAAUUUACAGGUUUUCAACCUACCUAUCGCUCGAUUGACGGGCCAACAUACAAUAUAUCAAUAAUCAAUGCUAGGUUAUAGAACAGACGAUUCCAAACAUGGGCACACAAAUCCAAACAACAAUGAUAUCGUUAAAUUUAGCUAUGAAAAUUGUUUUAUUUUUUUGGAUUAUUAGCAAUAAACUAAAUCAGACAUACACA